CCACUCCACACAUCUUUUUAUCUUUUUUCUGAUGAAAAGUUUGCGUAAAAAAUAACGACUACUCUAUAGUUGUGUGUCGUUUAUGCGAUACACAGACCUUAUCACUCGUGUCUAUCGUAAGUUAUAUAUCAACCCAUAAUAACUUGAUUACUGGUCCGAAGCGAUGGGCAAUUCUCAGGGCACUUCCCGGUCUUCCAUAGCGUCAGUCGACGGCGCGAUAUUAGCCGAAGCGCAUGGAAUUGUGACCGAUAUGUUGACUGACUCUCAAUUACCGCCUCAUAUCACAAGUGGAUUAAGAGCUUUGGCCUCAUUGUUAUCUCCUCCGAGCCUAGCGUCGAGUCCCCGCACAAAACCGGCCGGAAUUAGUAUAGCAUUAGUUGACUUCAAUAAUUCCGGUUCCGAUUCUGAAGAAAAUCCAUACAUUGGAGAAAGAACUUCAAAUAUACCAAAGAGAGGAAAACGGAACCUUCCUCCAAGUUUUCUCCGCCGUAUGUCAACGAGCACUUGGACCACAACCACAUCAGCCACUGGUAUGCCUACUCUUGAACCCGAGCCCUCCAGAAAGAGGAGCACAAGCUUUAGAAACUUACAAAGUCCUGUCAGUAUCAACGCACCCUCUUUGCCCAGUCCGGUGGCAAUGCCUUUGAAGGGACGGUCGUACUCGACGACAGCCCUUCCGAUCGGAACGUUAGCCGCUCUACAACACAGUCGCGAGAGACAAGACAAACACUUUUUAUAUUCAGUGACUAUUAGUGACAACACGUAUAACAAUAGAAGACAACAAUUAGAAGCGGAUCGCGAGUCGGAGGCCGACAACGAGAACACUGAAGACGAGGCCAAUGACAGCAUUCGCCUAAAGAAUACAAUUCUCAAUACACAACAGAAACAGUUUUAUCCGCGCCUUAACCUCACCUCAGACUACGACAGCAGUAAUGACUCCCCGAGUGGUAGCGAUGCGACGCUCGACGACAGCACUAGUAUUGACACCAAUUCACGAUUCAUAUCAUCCAAGAAAAGUGCUGCCAAUGAAAAGUCAAUCGCCAUUAAAGAUGACGACAAUUACCGAAUCAAUAAAUGCAUUCUUUGUGGUAAUCAAACAAAAACUAAUGUAUUGACAGAUAAGUCACCAGUGCUACAGCAAAAUUGGCCCUUUUGCGAACCCCCGCCUCCCGUCAUACCCCAGUUGGACAUUCAGGGCAGGUAUAUAGUGAGUGGUAUGCUCUAUGAUCUAGAUGAACUGGCAACUGAUCCACUGCUCUGCCGAAUACACGAAUGGGAUUAUCCCAUCUUUGAUUUGAUGUCAAAAACAGGUGACGCUAUACUCAGCAAAAUGACAUAUCAUGUCUUCUUAGAGGCCGGCCUUUUGGAAGCCUUCAAAAUACCGAUUCCCGAGUUUCUCAACUAUUUUAGAGCUUUGGAAAAGGGAUACCGGAAUAAGCCGUGUAUGUAUCCAUCCUUUCCAUCUCAUUAA